AUGGUCGAGCGGAGCGAGAUGCGCGCCGCUGACCGGUCCCAUCUUCCUUAUUCUGCCGCCUUCUCUCUCGCCACGGCCACCGUCCGCUGAACCUUCUAGAACGUCUCCACAUCUAUUCAAAAGCGUUCCACUUUUCAUGUUUCACAUGCUUUUCAUAGAUUUCUGACUGCUGAAAAUCUCCAAAUACUCAGAUUUCGAUCUUUUUUCGAAUUUCUGAUACGUUUUAUCAGUCUCUAGCUUGAAAAAAAGCUUAGUUCUGUUUUUGUUUGGCACAAAAUUUUCUGAAAAACUUGAAAUAUGUAUCUUAUAGGUUUCAAAAAAAGCGUCAUCAUAACAAUUUUGAUUUACGGUUCUCAGAAUGCUCCCUUUUUUAAUUUUCACUAAACUCCAUUCACCAAUAGCUUAAUGAAGUGAUCACAAAGAUUCUUAAGACUUGCCUUUUUAAAAUUUUUUUUUGAAUUUGACUCACCGGAGUUGCUGGGUUCUUUGAUCUUACGAACAGAUGAGAUUAUUUUUUGCGCUCUUCAUUGUUAUUUCCAUCGUUUCGGAACAUUCUUGAUAUAGAAAAUUGGAAAAAAUUCAGAAUCUAAGGAAUUAUGGGCACUUGUUAGACUUUUAAAGACCAAGCCCACUAAAAAUAUGUCAGAAAAUUAAUUUAUCAAAGAAGAUAUUUCUUCUUCCAUAUCCUUUGUAACUUGGAAAAGCUCAGUUGCAUGAAAGCGUUGGCAUCAAAAGGAAAGUUUAACUGAAGGCGAAUAUAUUAUCUAUUUUGUUUUUUUUUUUGAAUAAUACUUUCUUCAUUCAAAUUUUCAAGCCUUAAUGUUUUUCAGGUAAUGAGGCGGGUGGUCGCCGCACUUCUCAUUUUAGGCCUGACCCAUGCAGUCGACAGGCAAAAAUUCAAAACCUGUGAUCAGUCCGGAUUUUGCAAGUUUGUUUUUUUUUCUUUUUUCACAGCCUGCUUACGUAAUUCUUAUAAUUUUAUUGAACGAGGAAGCAUUUUGAGAAAAUGAGAAAAGAUAGGUACACGUGUCACUACGCGCGGACAGGUUUUCGUAGCCGUUGCGGGCGAGAAAAGGGAAGAAUUUGAGGAAAUUUCGUAGCAUGCAUCUAAGAUCAUCGGCUUCUAGGAAAUGCGGAACUUUUUCUGAAAGAAAACAAAUUCAGGAGACACCGUGCCGUUAAAGAACCAACUGGCUACGAAGUGAUCUCAGAUUCCAUCAAAGUUAAUGAAACUGGGCUUGCCGCUAAAAUCAAGAACAAGGUUGGUAACUCGUCAUUUAACUGUAUCUCAGGGGUAAUCCACUGAAACGACGUCUGAACUUUUUUCUGCUUUUUAGAGAAACUUUAUCGAGUUCAUCGGUGAAAAAACUACACAUUUCAUUCACUCUGAAUUUGAAGCGAGCUCCUUGCAGAAAAUGCCUCAGAAGCAGUGAUCUGUUUCAAAAUGCUUAUUUAGACCCACAUUUUGCUGCACUUAAUUUUUAUUGCAAAAGGAAAGCGACAAAAAUAUUUUCCAACGCGCAAGUCGGAUAGAGUCGGUUGCACUGGCGCUCGACUGUAUUAUCAUUUUUUAAUUUUUCGGUUAUGGUUUUUCAAAUCGUUGUAUUACUCCCAGAUUUCUCUUUCCCGAUUUGCUAACUCUCUUUUUCAGGACCUGACCCUCAAGCUGAGCAUUGUCACUCUUAAGGAUUCAACUGUUCGGUAAGUAUGUUUUCCAAGAUGAAACAGUAAAGUCACCUUCACAAUUUUCUAGGGUUCUCAUCGAAGAAGACGAAAAAGCGCUGAGAAACCGCUACCAGCCAUUGGACGCUUUAGUGAAACGCGAGCCAGAGCAGCAAAAGUGAGAAUUUUUUCACACCUGAAUUCUAAUUAUCUACUUUCCAGGAUCAAAAAAACCAAAGAAGAAGCAAGCGCCACGAAAAUCCUCACCACUGAUGGAAAUCGCGUCGUUUUGAUCCACAAGCCAUUCAGAGUCGAUUUCUAUGUCAAGGACAAGAUUGUGAGAUAAAAUCUACUAUUUUUCCUUUGACUUAUCUUUUUAAAGGUAUCCUCUAUCAAUUCUGCCGGGCUUCUUCACUUUGAAGCUUUCAAAAAGAAGGUUUUGCUGAGCGACCGUGAGAAAGGAUUCUGGGAGGAGACGUUCAAAGAGAUCAAGGACACGAAGCCUCACGGUUAUUUGAAGUUCUUUUUGUGAAAUCAUGCUCGAAUGAUUCAGGGUCGUCAUCAAUCGGAGUUGAUAUCGCUUUCGUUGGAGCUAAAUACCUGUUCGGGAUUCCAGAGCAUGCGGAAGGAUACUCUUUGAGAGACACUAAGUUGGUCUUUUUAUCUACAAAAAUUAAAACCAAGAGUUUUUUGAUUCAAAAAUUAAAAAAAGUCAUUUUUCGAGUCUGACAUGGUUAAUGACUUAUUUAGUAAGCUUUUCUCCUCUUAUUACUUGAUUAUAUGUUUCAAUUUUCAAGAUAAGGAGAAAAAAAGCUUCGGAAACUUCAUAACUUAAGGUCCUACGAGCCUUACCGCCUCUACAACCUUGACGUCUUCGAAUAUGAGACCAACUCUCCAAUGGCUCUCUACGGAUCCAUCCCAUAUUUGGUAAGCUUUUUCUUGUCUUCCAAUUUUGGAUAAUGAAUUUUAAAUAUUUCAGGUUGGAGUUAACCAAAAAAACGAUCGGUCGGCGCACUGUGGCUGAACGCCGCUGAAACUUGGGUCGAGAUUGAGCAGACCACUGCGGAUAAGGUUUGGAACAUUUUGUUAUAGUAGAUUCCUGUUAACACUGAGAAAUAAACUUCAAUAUGUCCCAGGAUACAGUCAAAAUCUGGCGAAUGACUCGAAAAAGGGUUUUAGUGCAUUUUACUAUAGUUUUAUGUGUUGAAGAUUUAAAAAAAUUUUGUUCGAAACAGAAGAAUUUUUUAUCAGGUUUUUUUUGUUGCGAAAAGCUCAAUUUUUUGAAUAUUAAGCUUCUGCCUUGAUACGAUCACAAUAGGGAAUGAGAAAGUCAAUUUUUUUGCAACAACCCCAGCUUUCAAGGGCAAACUAUCCAAAGAAGUUCUGGACGCCGACACCAAGCCAAGAGACGUCCCGCAGCAAAACGCUCGCUUCAUUUCUGAAGCCGGAGUCAUCGACAUCUUCAUCAUGCUUGGCCCUCAGCCAAAUGAUAUUUUCCGUCAACUUUCUGAGCUCACCGGCAACGCCCCACUACCUCCAGUAAGCUAAAAUUGAGACAAAAAGUAUCGAAAAAUACGUUUUUUUUUUUCCCAGGAGUUCGCCCUCGGAUACCACCAAUCUCGCUGGAAUUACAAGGACCAGAAGGACGUUAAGGAGGUUUUUUUUCAGUUUCACGUGGAAAAUUAAAGUUGCACUUGUAGGUGCACGAAGGAUUCAUCAAGAACGAGAUUCCACUUGACGUCAUCUGGCUCGAUAUUGACCAUACCGAUGGAAAGGCCUACUUCACUUGGGAUAAGGCUGCUUUCCCAAAUCCUUCUGGAAUGAUCGAAGAACUUGCUGAGAAGGUUUGAAUUUCGAGAAAACGGAGACCUUCUUCGCCCUUUAAACUUGAAGCCAUUUAUGAUUAAAAAAGUUCAGAACCGAAAGUUGGUCACAAUCGUUGAUCCUCACAUCAAAAAGGAAGCCAAGUAUCACAUCUACAAGGAGGCUAAGGCAAAGGUGUAAAAAUAAUAAAACAUUCCAAAAAUGAAUCAUGAAUUUUCAGAAACUUUUGGUCAAAAACGCAGAUGGAACAAAUUACGUUGGAAAUUGCUGGCCAGGCGACUCGGUCUACAUCGACUUCCUUGACCCCAAAGCUCGUGAAUAUUGGUCGCAGCAGUUUGCUUUUCGACAAGGUUUUUUUGCUUUUUCAUCUCAUUUUGAUUCAAAUCUGUCCUUUCCAGUACACUAACACCAGCAAGGACGUUUUUAUUUGGAACGACAUGAAUGAACCUUCAGUUUUCGAUGGUCCUGAGGUAGAAUUUUAUUUGAUAACAAGUAGAAAUUUGAAUGUUUUCAGGUGACUAUUCAUAAAGACGCCAAGCAUGUGGAUGGAUGGGAGCAUCGAGAAGUGCACAAUGUUUAUGGGUUCCAUCAGGCAAGCUUGGAUUUUUUUAAAAUAAGAAUGGUCGAUUUUUUUCCAAGUUUCAUUUGAAAAUUAGUUAGUUAAUCUGCUUUUUAAGGUUGGAAAGUUUUCGAAGAAGUAUUGAUUUUUUCUGAAACUUCUCUGAAAACGAAAAAAAGUAUAGCAAAAACCGUCUUUUUUUGGAGUUCUGAGAAAAUGAGCUACAGAGUUUCAGUCUCAAUUUCUGCAAUAUCCAUGUUUUUGCAGCACGAAGCAACUUUCGCCGGCCUCAAGAAAAGAAGCAACGAUGAAGUCCGACCUUUCGUGCUGUCAAGAUCGUUCUUUGCCGGAUCUCAAAGAACCGCCGCCGUCUGGACUGGAGAUAAUAAGGCCGACUGGGGACAUUUGAGGGUACAACUUUCUUUUUUCUCGAAUGAUUUUUCACUUUUUUCAUUCUCAGCAUUCUAUUCCCAUGCUUUUAUCUCUUGGUACCGCUGGCAUGCCCUUCGUCGGAGCUGACGUCGGCGGAUUCUUUGGAGAUCCAGAUGAGGAACUUCUAGUCAGAUGGUUGGUUUGAAGCUUUGAAAAAUGAGAAUUUUAUUCAUUUACUCGAUUAGGUACCAAGCCGGAGCUUUCCAGCCGUUCUUCAGAGGUCACUCCCAUCAAGAUUCCAAGCGCCGAGAGCCUUGGCUUUUCAGUCAGGUUUUUUAACUUCUCGGGGAUUCCUGCAAGUUUUAAAGCUUUCAGAACACCACUGAUGCCAUUCGGGAAGCUAUCAAGAAGCGUUAUGCCUUUUUGCCUUAUUGGUGAAGAUUUUAAAGUCUUUUCAUAAAUUUUGAGUUUUCAGGUACACUUUGUUCUACGAGCACACAAAGACUGGAAAACCAGUGAUGCGACCUUUCUGGCUUGAAUUCAUCGAAGACGAGGUGAGAAUUUUUGAAAAAUUCCAAAAACUGAGAUUUCGUGAUGAAAUGUGAGAUUUUGAUAAGACAAAAAAAUAUUUCUUGCAGUAAUGUACAUUACUGUUUCGAUUUUUCGAUAAUAAAUAUUUUUUAUACUGUGAUGUCGUUGGAUCUUCAAAGCCAAUCGUUUUCAAGCAAAAAAAUCGAAGUUUGAUUACUUCCCUGUUGCAGCUCUGGAAAUAUGAUUUUUAGUUAUCUUUCCAACAAAGCAAACGUUGAAAAAUAAAAUUCAAAAUAAUUCCUAAUUUGAAAAUGCUUUCAGUCCUCCUGGGAUGAAGAUCGUCAAUGGAUGGUCGGCCCAGCUCUACUGGUCAAGCCUGUCCAAGAACCCGGGGCGACCCAAAUCUCCACUUAUCUUCCUGGAAAGCGACAGGUUUUGCUCCUUCAAAGUUAAAAUAUUUUCUCAGUAUUAAAUUCUAGGUUUGGUUUGAAUGGGACACUCAUAAGGCACGUCCCUCGCCAGGAGCUGUUCAAAAUCCAGCUGGCUUGCACUCGAUUGGACUUUACCAGAGAGGAGGUGAAUAAAAAGCUCGAAUUUUCCACUUCUUUCUAUUAGAAAACGUACUGUGAACAUAACUAAUUACCAGGAACUAUGAUCCCGGUCUUCGCCGACGUCAAGAUGACUACAAAGGAGAACCACGAGCAACCGAUUAUCCUCUACAUUGCCCUCAAUAACAAAGGUAACUUCACUUUCCUGUUUCAAGCUAUCUCUUCAAUGUUUUCCAGGAGACUUCGCCAAUGGAACGAUUUACUUGGACGACGGGGAAUCUUACGCCUACGAGAAAGGAGAUUUCGCUUACUGGGGCAUCACCUUCAAAAAGUUUCAGUUUUCCAAUAAAUCCACUCAAUUUUUUUUCAGGGAGCAUGAUUAUCUUCAUACUAUCACCAAUAAGAACUUGGACAAGAGAGGGACCUUUGACAGUGACGUUUACAUCGAGAAGAUCGUUAUCCGUGGAGCGAAGUUUUAUCCAAGAACGGCUCAUAUUUACCUCGAUGGUGUGUUUUGAAAAAAUCUGACGGCUUUUGGACCGGCUCAAAGAGCUGCCAUUUGAAUUACGGAUUCAAAGUUUUAUUUCGGCACACUUUGAGAAUAAUUUCCUUGCAAAGGCUAUGCGUUGAGCCAUUCUUCUUGCAAUAAUAUUCUUUCUAAAAAAAUUAUUGGUAUUGCAGACAUGCAUCAUUUUUUUUUUACUGGACAUCCCAACUGGACAUCCCAACUUUAGAGGAAAAACGUUUUCAGAUUUCACUCCUGAUCCUUUGGACUUCGAGUACGACCGCGACAACUUCUUGAUGGAAAUCGAAGCUCCCAACGGCUACAUUACCCGAGAGUUCCGCAUCGACCUUCACUCAUAA